AUGAAGCAAUCAUUGGAAAGAGAAAGCAGCUGGGCUAAAUUGGACGUGAAUGACAGCCCCAUUAACAAAAGAGGUGCCAUGAAGGCUUUGCCCACAUUGGACGAGAACCGAUCCAACAAAUCUAUUGGAAGAAUGGACGAAGCUGCAGGAUUUCAAUCAACGUCACAAGUCACUCCUACUCCACAAGAUUCUGAAUCAAAGAAAGGACGAAGGGAACAUAUGAAAAAGAUGUCCAGUUGGGCAUGUUUGGGGUUCGAUGAUCUUGAUCUUGAUGGCCUUUGUGCGUAA